AUGGCGAUCGAGCUGCAGCCCGAGUAUGGCUACGUGAUCGCGUCCAUCGCGGCGACCAACUUCGUCGUCCAGUACAUGGCGGGGCAGGUGGGCGCCGCGCGCAAGCGCUACGGGGUGCCGUAUCCCAAGAUGUACAUGGAGGGAGACUCGUACGACGCCAGGACCUUCAACUGCAUCCAGAGGGUGCACCAGAACACGGCGGAGAGCGCGCCACUGGUGAUGGUGACCAACGCCGUCCUGGGGGUCGUGCACCCAAUCACCGCCUCCGUGCUGAUGGCCGCGUAUUUGGUGGGCAGGCUCGUCUACUCGAAGGGAUACAGCACUGGGAGGCCGAAGAACAGGAUGCCGGGAGUCCUCAUAUCGUGGACAGCAUGGCUUGCGUCCGCAUGUGUUGCUGUCUAUGCUGGCAUCGCCCGCACGGGGAUGCUCAGCAAGUGA